AUGACAGAAUUGGAUGCCGAAAACCAAAUUUUUAAGGAUGUACAUCCUCGGAUAGCUCCUGUUGAUGCUUCAACAUUUGAAUAUGCACCUGAUAGCCUAAUAUAUGCAGUUAAAAAGAAAAAUAAAAAUGAUCUCGAUCGUUUACUUGCUAGUGGUUUUCAAAUCAACAGCAGAGAUUCAGAAGAUGUAUCGUUACUUCAUUAUGCUGUUAAAACUGGUGAUCCUGAAUUUUUUGAAUACGUUAUUUCCAAAAACCCUCAUGUAAAUGUAGUUUCCAGGGAUGAAACAAUUCUCAUGACAGCAGCAAGUAAAAAGAAUGAGCAGAUUAUACGUAUUUUAAUUGAAAAAGGUGCGACUCAAGAUUACGUAACAGCAAAAGGAAAAAUUGCCUUAGAUUUUGGCAAUGAAUCUGCUAGAAAGGUGCUUGUUAACUAUACAGGUGAUGAUUUAAAGUCAAAGCGCAAAAUAUGUGAAGCAGCUAGAGAAAAUAAUACAGAAGAAGUUCUAUAUCUACUUGCAAAAGGCUCUUCUAUCAACGAAAAGGAUAAAGAUGGUAUGACGCCAUACUUAUAUGCUUGCAAAAAUGGCAAUCUUAGCCUAUUAUCAAUCCUCACGAAACUUGGAUGCAAUGAAGAAGUAUCUGAUAAUGACGGUAACAACGGAGCGUUUUUAGCUACUCUAAAUAGACAGCACAAAAUUCUCAAAUUCUUAUAUUUACGUGGCAUUGAUUUUAAAUUUGCUAUUAAAGGCGAAACUAUGCUACAUGUUGCUAUAAUUAAUAACGAUUUCGAUACUGUGAAGUAUCUACUUGAUCUUAAAUUUGAUCAAUCUAUCAGAAACAAAGAUGGAUUGGGUUCAUUAUUUUAUGCAAUUUCGCUCGAUAGAGAUAAAAUUAUCCCUCUCCUCUACAACGAGAAGUCAAAGGAUGAGACAUAUAAUGACAUGAAUCCUGUGAUGUUUGCAGUCGAGAAAAACCGACUCAACACUGUAAAAAAGCUCGUUGAACUUAAAAGUGACACCAGAUAUCGAAAUCAGCAAGGAUUUGAUUCAUUCACUCAAGCCGUUAAGAAUGGUUUUAUCGAUAUAGCCAACUUUUUGAUAGAAUCUGGAAUUGAUGUCAACGAAAACGGUCCUGGAGGUGACUCUGCCUUAAUGACCGCAAUUAGAUACUCAAACUUGGAGAUGCAGAAAUUUAUCCUGUAUAAAAACUGUUCACUCACGACUGAAAACAAAACAGGAGAGAAUUGCUAUCAAUAUUGCGUUCUCUACAAGAAAUAUGAUAUUAUAAAUCUUCUACUUCAAAAAGUUAAUGAUGAUCAAACAUACAAAAUGGCAAGGAAGUCACUCUACAUGGCAAUCGAAGCAAAUGAUUUUGAUUCCACAAAGAUUCUCCUUGAUUUCUUCAAUCGUGAAAAUAAAGAUCCAUAUGAUUGUCUUGUGAAAUACGCGAAGACGCAAGAGAUGCGAGCACUUCUAAUUAAAGCUGACCAAAAUGAUGUAAAGCUAAAAGUUAAAAAGGGUAGAACAAUAUUUGAUAGCUGCUCAGAAAAUUUUGUUCAGGAAAUCAAAUAUUUUAUAGUUCAAAACGAAGGAAACUUAGAAAUGCGUAAUCCUAGCGGAUGGACUCCAUUAAUUAUGGCGGCUGGUUGCGGACAAAUAGAUUCUGUUAAAUACCUUGUAUCAAUCGGCGCUGACAGAUUUGCCAAAACAAACGGCGGUUCAACAGCUAUUUCAAUCGCAACUCAGUAUGGAUAUACCAAAAUAAUUGACUAUUUAAUGUCAGUUGGCCUCAGUCCAAACGAUUUCGUUUCUGGUGGUCAAAAUUGCUUAUGUUUGGCAGCAUCUGAAGGAAAAAUUGAUGUCGUAAGGUUCCUCGUUGAAGAAAAAUCUAUUGACAUCAAUGAGAAAAAUCAAUACGGCAAGAAAGCCAUCUUCUGUGCAACAGAAAAAGGCAGAAAUGAAGUCGUUCAGUAUUUAAUCUCAAAAGGAGCUGAUGUCAAUGAUAUCGGCUUUGAUGGAAUUCCUCUUGCUUUUCUUGCAUAUCAGAAAGGGCAAAAUGAGGUUUACAAAACAUUAAUAGAAAACGGUGCGCAAACAAAUGUUAACGAUAAGAAUGGCCUAAAUAUGUUUCAUUAUGCCGCAACGAGAAAUGAUAUUGAAACAGCUCAGAAAUGUAUCGAAAGCGGUGCCGAUAUCAAUGAAGCCAGAGAAUCAGAUCAUCUGACACCAUACCUUAUAGCUUGUUACAGCGGAUCACUUGAAUUCUUGCAAUUCCUGGAACAGAAAGGUGCUGUUUUUGAUUUGGAAAGUUGUAAUGGCGUUGGUCCCCUUUAUGCAGCAAGCGAGGGUGGUCAUUUAAACGUUGUUCAAUAUUUAAUAGAAGUCAAGAAUAUUACAAGUAAAAAGGAUAUCCAUGGAAUGACACCACUUCUUGUAGCAUGCAAAUUUGGUCAUGAAAAUAUUGUUGAUUAUUUAUUGACCAAAGGCUCUGAUUAUAGUGAGCGAGAUAAUGAAAACUGCAGCGCCCUUUAUUAUGCAUGCCAAAAUGGAUCAUUAUCACUUGUCAAAAAACUUGUGGAAUCGAAGAAAUUUGAUGUUAAUGAAAAAUGCUGGAAUGGAAACACUUGUUUGCAUGUAGCUUGUCUCAACGGAAAUGCAGAUGUAGUGAAAUAUUUGAUUAGGAAGAAAGCAUCCCUUGAUCAACGUACAAAAAGUGAUAGUUUGCCGAUUCACCUAGCUGCUCAAAAUAAUCAUUCAGGUGUUUUGAAAGUUUUACUGAAUGCUAAUAAAGAGAUGAUAGAUGAAAGAGGAUAUAACUACAACACUCCUUUAACCAUUGCAUGCCUGAAUGAAGCCUAUGAAGCGGCAAAGUUUUUAUUACAAAAUGGUGCCAAAAUCAAUGCAAGAAACGCAACAAGGCUCUCUGUGAUGCACCUUGCUGCUGCAGAAGGCAGAAUUUAUUUAAUAAGAGAACUCCUCAAGCUUGGUUUCGACGUUAACGAGAAACUAGAUAAUGAAACUCCUCUUGGUAGGGCAUCAAUGCAUUGUCAAUGGGAUACUGUUACAUUUUUGCUUUCAAAUGGAGCUGUAAAAGAAAAUACAAAGGCAUAUUCAGCACUCCAUAGAUGUGUUGCUGAAGAUAGAAUGAGUCAUUUCAAGAAGCUAUUAACACUUGGAUUCAAGAUGGAAGAAAAAGGAAUCAAAGGAAGAACACCUAUUGUCACUGCUAUUCUCAACAAAAACAUGGAUUUCAUUGACUAUUUUAUUGAAAACAAUGUCGAAUUAAACGCGAAAGAUGAUGAAAACAUGACUCCAAUUUAUCAUGCAAUAACUGUUGGCUCUAAAGAUAUUCUUGAAAAAUUGAUUCAGAAUGGAUCUCUUGUAAAUUAUCAAAGACUUCAAGAUACUCCUGUUAUGUUUGCUAUUUCUAAUUCAAAUUCAGAGAUGCUCAAAAUCCUCUUGGACAAUGGAGCAGAUCCGAAUCUUGACUCUAAAAUUGGAAAAUUCCCGGCCCAUUUCGCUGUCCUCAAGGAUGAUUCGAAUUUUCUUCAGAUAUUAUCUGGUUAUGAAACAAACUAUAAUGUCAAAGAUAGAGAAUUUGAAUUUUCUCCACUUGUAAUGUUAAUAGUUAAUAAAAAGGAAGUCAACACUAAGUAG